AUAUUGAAAUAGGGACAUUGCAGUUGCCUGCGCUUGCGCUUGUUGUGCGUCAACAAUUCUAAAGUCAAUAUUAUUUUCUUAUAAAGUUAUGAAUUAAACUAUUCGUAUAAGAAGUUAUGGCUGCUGGAGAAUCUUUUUUAUCAUGUGCUGCGACCGUGGAAUGGAUGACACCUCAAGGAUCUAUACUAAGGAAGGUUGCUUAUAAGACGGCUUCAUUACGUCUCAUUCGCAAUGAAUUUAGAGAAAUGUAUUUGGAAAUAUCAAGUGAUAGAACCGCGGAUAUUCGUCUAGCGUUGAAAGGCAUUAAUGUCUUCAAAAAGUUUAUGGCAGAAGGUAAAGCAAGUGUGAAGUUUCAAGAAGUAGGUUGCACGCUUUUCAUCUCAAAUGCGCCACCUACUAAUCUUGUUACAUUCCUAAGGACGUUAUUUGUGAAGAUGACUGGUGAUAAAGAAAAGAAGACUGAUACUACGCCUGCUAAACAAGGCAUGAGGGCCAAAUUGUUAAGUGGUAAAGCUCAGAGUUUUGAAGAAAUCAGUCCAGUCACAAUAGGUGAUUUGCAAACUGCAAAAAGUAAAAUACCUAAAUCAACACUGACUACUCCAUCUCCGCCAUCGAAAAAGCGAAAAUUAGAGGAUCAAGCUCGAGGGCCAGCACCCAAAAAACUAUACUCUCCAUCACCUCUGACUACAACUAGUGCUUUAAAUCCAGAACAGCAUAGGGUUUUAGAGGCAUGUGUUAGUGGGAAGAAUGUUUUUUUCACGGGUUCUGCAGGGACUGGCAAAAGUUUCCUACUGAAGAGAAUUGUGGCAGCAUUACCUCCUGAUGUUACAAUGCCAACAGCAUCAACAGGAGUAGCAGCUUGUCACAUUGGUGGAACGACUCUUCAUGCUUUUGCUGGUAUUGGCGAUGGCAGUGGCUCCAUUGAAGUGUUGAGAGAGAGAGCUGCUAAAUUUCCUCUGGUAGCUCAGAAGUGGAGGAAAUGCAAACACCUCAUUAUUGAUGAGAUCUCAAUGGUUGAUGGCACUUUCUUUGAGAAAUUAGAAGCUGUAGCUAGACAUGUGAGGAGAAAUGAAAAGCCCUUUGGAGGUAUACAGCUAAUUCUGUGUGGUGAUUUUCUACAGCUGCCUCCUGUAGUGGAGAAAGGGAAGUCGGGAAAGAGGUUCUGCUUCCAGACACAGUGCUGGGAAAAAUGUAUUGAUCUGUGUUUUGAAUUGAAAGAGGUGCAUAGACAAACUGAUAAAGAAUUCAUUUCCAUUCUUAACAGUAUAAGAAUAGGGCGGGUGACUAAAGAAAUAAGCGAAAAGUUGCUCGGUACUGCAAGACAGAAGAUUGAAAGUGAUGGCAUUUUAGCUACUAGAUUAUGUUCACUUACAAAUGACUCUAAAAUGAUAAAUGAUUCAAAAUUAGAAAAUUUAAAAGGAGAAGAAAAGGUGUUCUCUUCUCAGGAUAGUGAAAAUUCAACCAAGAUACUUGAUAUGCAGACUAUUGCACCUUCCAAAUUGGUACUGAAAGUUGGUGCCCAAGUAAUGUUACUGAAGAAUAUUAAUGUAAAUGCUGGUCUAGUCAAUGGUGCAAGAGGAGUUGUUGUUAGGUUUGAAGAAGGGUUGCCAGUUGUAAGAUUUAAAAAUAAAAAAGAAUACAUGGCAAGAGCAGAAAGGUGGUUUGUCAAAAAUUCUAAUGGAUCGUUAUUGUGCCGUCGACAGGUGCCACUGAAUCUGGCUUGGGCAUUUUCUAUACACAAGUCCCAAGGACUUACUUUAGAUUGUGUAGAGAUGUCAUUGUCAAAAAUAUUUGAAGCUGGUCAAGCCUAUGUAGCUCUAAGUAGAGCUCAGAGUUUAGAUACAUUAAGAGUUUUAGAUUUUGAUUCUCGACAUGUUUGGGCUGAUCCAAAUGUCUUAGAAUUUUAUCAGAAAUUUCGGCGGCGUCUUCAGCAAAUGGAAAUUAUUCCACUAGGGCGACCUCUUAGUGACAAGACCAAUAAAAAAGGAAAGUUAAGAGAAAUUAUUGAGAAACAAUUAAGACAAAGAUAGAAGAAAUUGUCUAAUUUUGAUUGCAAAAUUUUGCAGUAUAGUUUUAAUUUAAGACUGAAUCUUUAUGUAUUAACAUUAAAGUCGAUCAAGUAAAAUGUAAUAAAAUAAUAAUUCAAUAAAGUUUUGUAUUUAUUCU